AAUAUGGCGGAGGCUUCCCUAGGGAGUUCAAGUCCAGUUGGCUCUUUAUCGUCAGAGGACCAUGACUUUGACCCAACUGCAGAAAUGUUAGUUCAUGAGUAUGAUGAUGAGAGGACUCUAGAGGAGGAAGAGUCCCUGGAGGGAGGGAGGAAUUUCCGCUCUGAGAUUGCAGAUCUAGAAAAGGAGGGGAACAUGCCUUUGGAGGAACUUUUGGCCAUCUAUCGCUAUGAAGCCUCAGCAGGCUCCAGUAUAGACAGCUCUUCUGGAGACCUGACUGAUGAGCUGCCUGACAUGACUUUGGACAAGGAGGAAAUUGCCAAAGACCUUCUGUCUGGAGAUUAUGAGGAAGAGACCCAGUCCUCAGCUGAUGAUCUGACCCCUUCAGUCACCUCCCAUGAGGCUACUGAUUUUUUCCCAAGAACACUUCGAUCCAACGCUAUCUCUGAUGGUGACAAAGAGUCAGAGUAUGAUGAUGAUGGCCCAAGCCCAGAGGACUCCAGGAAGGAAAUAAUGGUGGGAACAGAGUACCAAGCAGAGGUUCCUUCAUGUCUCUGUCACUACAAAGAUGGAGAGAAAGUUUACGAAGAUGAAGACGAGUUAUUGUGGAGCCCAGGUGCACUGCCAGAAAACAAGGUUAGAAGUUUUCUGUCUGACGUGUUGUCAAGGACAACAGAUGAAAAGGUGGCCUGUGAUAAACCAGGGAUGCACGUCCGGGACAACGAGCUGGCUUUGCAUGAGCUUGUCAAGUGUAACUACAACACCCGUGAGGCACUAGAGAGAUACUGCAGCCGUGUGAAGUCUGUAAAAGAAAAAUCCCCUCCAUGGUCAGAAGAGGAAUGUAAGAACUUUGAGCACGCACUACAGAUGUACGACAAGAACUUUCACCUCAUACAGAAACACAAAGUCACAACACGAACAGUAGCAGAAUGUGUGGCGUUUUACUACAUGUGGAAAAAGUCGGAGCGCUUUGACUUCUUUGUACAGCAGAAUCGGUUUGGAAAGAAAAAGUACAGCAGUUACCCUGGCGUAACCGACCUGAUGGACCGGCUGGUGGAUGAGGCAGAGGGACUGGCAGUGGACAGCUCGUCCUCAGUGUGUUCAGGACCAGGUGGAGGAGGAAGGCUGGAGACCACCACAGACCAACAGCUCAGCCUGCUCAACUCCAUCACUGCCAGCGACCUCACUGCUUUGAGUAACACUGUGGCCACAGUGUGCAGCCCUGCAGAGGUGAGCUGUUUGGACUCGUACAGCUUUCCACCUCUGGAAAGCCUCCAUCGCGGGUCCCUGAACCAUGACGAAUCCCUCGGGUUCCCCUCUAACGGCGCAGACCCUGACUGCCUCAACAUGCUUGACGCUGGUUUCUACCACUCAGACCUGGGUCAGCUAGGAGGAGUGUGCGUCAACAAGGACUGCGAGCGGCCCUCCAAAAGACUGAAGAUGGCACUGCCUGAUUCCUUUAUCAAUGACGUGUCCGUGGGUAACCUCGGAGUGGACUUUGAAGCGCGACGGACAGCGACGCACCACCACCGAAUCACUGGCGCAAAAAUGGCAGUGUCCGUCACAGACUUUGGGAGCUUGGCUGGCAGCGGGGAGCCCAACGGGUUUCUGGGAGCACAUGCGCGGCAUCACACACAGCACACUGCAGCACUUCAGUCAGAGUGAUCUUCCUCAUCGUCUUCCCCCAUUCUUCCCUUCUAAGACCCCUUAUCCUGCGUGUACAUAAGACUGACCUCACUGGAGAAUCCAAUUUGUUUAAAUUCUAUUAUAUAUAUAUAUAUAUAUAUAUAUAUAUAUCUAUAUAUCUAUAUAUAUGUAUAUGAAUAUACUUUUUUUGUUUUCAUUUUUUGUGUAAUAUGACAUCAGUGAUGUCUACCAUAUAGAACUAAAAUCUUGAUUUCUCUCAAGAGUUUAUAUAGCCAUUUAUUUUAUUUUCGUUUUACGGUCUUGAGAUGUGUAACGUCCAUGUACAGUGGGGCCCAGAGGCUGCAGUAGGAGAGUUGUGUAUCUUCCUCCCUCACGGCUACACACAACAUCUUCAGAGCUACAGUUUGUUAUCCUGCCAUUCUUUCCAGCUGCCAAAGUUGGCUACAUGUUCUGCCUCUAGUGUUCGUGUUUAGUUGCUUGUCUUUGUUAUUUGAAGUGGUACUUUUAUUGACUUAAACUAGUGUUUGGUUUACAGGUACUUUUUAGUAUCCAGCCUGGUGCAAAUGGUUUAAUUAACUUUUUUUGUUCAACCUGGCUAGAAAUUGUAUGAAGAGCAACACUAGCGUGGAGACCAGGAAGUGUUUGCGGCUUCAGCUGCUAAGGCCUUCCAGUUUUUUCGUUUUGUUUUUUUUUUUCUCUUUUUUUUUUUCUUUUUCCUUUCUCCUGUGGAAGCUUGUCUGUAGUUUGUCUGCUUAUUUACUUCUAAAAAUCUUCAAAGUUGCCAAACUGGAACAUUUGAAUGUUUGCAACUGUUAAUUUUUUCAUCCCAUGCAGUCAAACCUAAGUUACAGACCCUGGUUCAUAGUUUGUUAGUUAAACUGAUGUAAAUCACCUUUAUUUGCUUUGGCUUUGAUUUGUUUUGAUCUUUUUUCCCUUUUGCAGGACAUCACUUAGACAAGCAGACCAUAACAGCCAUAUAACAAUGCAAAGAUAAAAGUUGGGUUAUUUAAGCAAUGACAUCAUCAGGCAUCAUAAAUUAUGUAUUUAUUGCAUUAACUUUUACUUUUUUUGUAGAUUUUUUUUAAAUCUUUUGAACUCAUUCUUUGACUCGUGCAACUUUUAGGCAGCUUUAGCUGUGCAUGCCCUUUAGUUGUAGUUUAAGAAAAAAAAAAAAAAAGGAAAUUAUGCUCCUAAAUUAACUUUUUUGCCAUUUUUGACCACUUAGCAAGCUUGGGUAAACCUUUCUAGCAGUAUUACGUCUUUCUCUUUGUAUUCAACCUCUGCCUGACAUGAAUGGGGGGGCACUUUGUGGUCCAUAGUUUUUGUUGGGGUUUUCGUAGCAGAAAUGGAGCGAUUUCUCUUUUGACUGAAGUCCAUCUUUGUGAAUUGUAAAAUGUAAAGCGGGCCAUUGUUGGUUGAUUGGAUGCAGUAGUAGUGUUUACUUAAUUUAUCUAUGCAUUGUGCUAUGAAUAAUUAGUUUGUUUCAGGGGUGCAUCAUAUUUGUCAUGUCCAUAGGUUUAGUAGUUGACCAUUUAAUGUGUACAGAUGGGAGUCAUGCCUAUAAAUCAUCAUUAAGUUUGAUCAGGUUCUUCAGUUUCCACGCUCAGCGUUAGAGAUGAUGUUCACUUCUGCUUUUCAUGUAAAUAAUUAGCAAAUAGCCUUUAAAAAGUCUAUUAACUGACCUCUUACACUUGUGAAUCUGUGUUCAUACAAAGGUUUUAAUUUGAUUCCUUGUCUAAAGGCAAUAAUUUGUAGAUAUGUACAGAUAUUUUGGGUUUUGAAUUUUACCAGUUGACUUGGUGUUUGAAUUAUUUUUCUCUCUUUGGAAAGUCACAAUCCCCCCGACUCGGCUGAAACCACGCAUGCCAGCCGGGUCUGUUUCUCGAGUGUACCACUGAUAAACGGCUUUACCUAAAGACGUAUUGAUAUUAACUCAGUGUUGCAAUCUUGCGUUCACAACUUGCAGCCAUGUGUAAAAGACGCUCAUGUUUCUUUCCUGAUAAAAAUCUUUUUCCAUG